CCCAGGGCGUAGUGGGGCAGUGUGCGGCCGCUCCGGCUUGACGGAGACUGUGGCGGUCGAGCUCGAGACGCGUCCCCCUGCCCGGAGCUGCGAUGAGCACCCCAGCCGUGCCCCAGGACCUGCAGCUGCCCCCGAGUCAGAGGGCCCAGUCCGCGUUCAGAGAGCAAAGAAGACAAAAACUCAAGGAGCAUCUGUUAAAAAGAAAAACUUUUUUUGCAUACAAACAGGAAAAUCAGAUAUUAUCCAGUGAUAGAGACCAGAGAGUGAGGAUAUCUGAAGGCCAGAUCCAAGAAGAGACAAAAGUUCUGGAACUUAAGGCAAAAAUGACUGAUAAAGAGAAUGUCGGUAGACCUACUGGGAUCAAGAAUAAUAUAACAAUGGAAAAAAACUGUAUUCCUUUAAAACCUUGUAAUGAAUUAACCAAUUCAACUACAGCAGUUGAUACACCUAAUUUUGAGGAUAAUAAUCAAACUCUGCCAUUGUUACCAAUUAAAGAUGACCCCCAAAGUCAACAUAUGACGUUAAGCCAAGCAUUUCACCUUAAAAACAACAGUAAAAAGAAACAAAUGACUACAGAGAAACCAAAGCAAGAUGCUAACAUGCCCAAGAAACCUGUGCUUGGGUCUUAUCGUGGCCAAAUUGUUCAGUCUAAGAUUAAUUCCUUUAGAAAACCUCUACAAGUCAAAGAUGAGAGUUCUGCAGCAACGAAGAAACUUUCAGCUACUGUCUCGAAAGCCACAAAGUCUCAGCCUGUACACGCCAGCAGUGUAACAGUGAAAAGUGAUAGAGCCUCACAUAUGACGACUGCCACUAAAUUUGUGAGCACUACAUCUCAGAGCAGUCAACUUGUGCAACCUUCUAUUAGAAGUCACCACAGUAAUAACCAGAACACCAUGAAACAAGGCAUCAGUAGGACGUCUGCCAGUGUUACAGUUAGGAAAGGGCCUCGAGAGAAAGAAUUAUUACAGUUAAAUACGGUUUCGUCUAUUAUCAAAACCAGUUCUUCUCAGGACAUAAAAAGAAAUAAGACACUAUCAAGAAGCAUGACAUCUGAAAUGGUAGCCAGGCCUGCUUCGUCUUCUAAUACUAAACUGAUAGAAAAGUCAAAAAGCAUUGACCAGCGCAGACAUACCAUGGUGAAAGCAGCUAUUGAUAGUAGAUGGACUCAGCCCAGAGAAACUGCGGAGGAGAGAAAGGCUCGUCUGAGUGAGUGGAAAGCUGGCAAAGGAAGAGUAAUGAAAAGGCCUCCGAGCUCAGUGGUUACCCAGCCUGAGCCCGAAGCACAAAAUGAAAAGCCAGUUGGAUCCUUCUGGACUACUAUGGCAGAAGAAGACGAACAGCGAGUGUUUACUGAAAAAGUAAACAAGACAUUUUCUGAAUGCCUAAACCUGAUUAAUGAGGGAUGUCCAAAAGAAGAAGUAUUGGUUACACUAAAUGACCUGAUUAAAAAUAUUCCAGAUGCCAAAAAACUUGUUAAAUAUUGGAUAUGCCUUGCACGUGUUGAACCACUUACGAGUCCUAUUGAAAAUAUUAUCGCAAUCUAUGAGAAGGCCAUUCUGGCAGGAGCUCAGCCUAUUGAAGAGAUGCGACAUGCAAUUGUUGACAUUCUUACAAUGAAGAGUCAAGAAAAAGUUAAAUUUGAGCACAGGCUCCGGACACGCAGGCUCAGCGGCCAUGGCUCACGGGCCCAGCCGCUCCACGGCAUGUGGGAUCUUCCCGGACCGGGGCACGAACCCGUGUCCCCUGCGUCGGCAGGCGGACUCUCAACCACGGCGCCACCAUGGAAACCCUCCAGAGAAAAUAUUGAGGAGGCUUGUGCGACCAAGGAACAAAUCCAAGAAGCCACCACUGACGAUACAAGUGUUAAUCUGGGGUCAGAAAAACCGGAAAUAGAAAAUAAGCAUCCUAGAAAUGUGGUAUUUCAAGGUUGUGAAAAAGAGCAAGAUGACAAAACAAAAGACCCAACCAGUGAUGUUAAAACCCCCAAUACAGAAACUAGGGCGGGUUGCUUAAUUAAAUAUAAUGUGUCUACUACUCCAUACUUGCAAAGUGUGAAAAAGAAGAUGCAGUUUGACGAAACAAAUUCUGCAUUUAAAGAGCUCAAGUUUCUCACACCAGUUAGACGAUCUCGACGUCUUCAAGAGAAGACUUCAAAAUUGCCAGAUAUGUUAAAAGACCAUUUUCCCUGUGUGUCUUCACUGGAGCAGUUAACAGAGUUGGGAAGUGAAACUGACGCUUUUGUGUGCCGCCCCAAUGCAGCCUUGUGCCGCUUGUACUCGGAGACUGACACGACAGAAGAGAAGUGAAGCUCAGAUAGGAGGUUGUAUUAUUUCGAGGGUGUUUGGUUGGUUGGUUUGUUGUGGCUUUUCAUGUCCCUUAGGUCAAGAGUCGCCAAGUACCUAAGUAUUCACGGCAGUCAGCGCUCCCACUAAUGUCCACUCUAUAGCAGGUGUUGCCUCCUGUGCAUCGGAAAGCUAAUCCUACCUUGUCGAUCUCAAUAGACUAACUUUUCCUCUAAGACAGGUAAAUUUUGUGAAGACAAGAUUUAGCUUGCUUUCUCACCCAAUUCUAGUAGCCCAGACUGCUGUGGUCUCCUGUGUCCCUGGGACUCUGCCCCUGGUUCCUCACUGUCACUCUCCAGCAAUGCCAGUGAGUCUACAUCUGUGGUCUCUUGGCCUCUUUUUUCUUGUAGCCGAGGUCCCCGAGAGGGAUAGUUAACUAAAUACUCCAUUUCUAAGAGAAGAUACUUUGUUGGAAGAAAGAAAAUGUGCCAAACCUAGUGGGCAUUCAGAACUUUAAAUCUGAGUUCCUUUCCUUAGUUCCUUUUCUAACUUGACUAUCCAAAAUGUUAAAAAUUUUAACUUCCAUCACUUCUUUUGUUAUAGUUUAUAGACUAAUAGAAGGCAGUUAGAGAAGGAAUAUAUAAUAUUUCAUAAAUGUCAUCCUAGUUUAGGUAGUAUUUCUAAAAUAACUAAUACUUAAAUUUGAUUUCUUCCUUGUAAUAUAAAAACAUCAUGUCUCCUAAAACAUUAUAGUCAUACACAGUAAGUAGGUCUCUGCUCCCCACACAUAAAUACCACCAGUAAAAUUGUUUUGUAAGUCUCUGAACUAAUACUUAAAUAGCAUACAUCCUUCACCAACUCUACAGUUUCAAGUAAGGAUUUAGUCAUUGUAAAAGGUUAGAUAGUUUUAAAACUGUGUAAUAUGAAUGUGGUUGAAAAUCACACACUUAUUCUUAUUUAUGUUCAUUAAUUCCAUUUGUAUAAUAGUGCCAGUCUUUGUUCUAUUUAUUGUCUUAUGUUCUAGAGAGUAGGAUUUUUAUUCCUUUUAAGCUGUGUACCUAAUAUGUAUACAAUAAAUGAAAACAGCUAUGUAACGAUAUUGCAAUGACGUUUCUUUCAACAAAUAUAAAAUGCAAUUUAACCAGGGUGAAUAAAUUUGAACCUUGCCUUUGAAAUACAUUAUAGUGGGAUUGGACUUUAGGUUUUUCAACACUUAAAAUAAGUGUGUGCUUAAUGGUGUAUUUCCUUUUGAAAAAUUAUCAAUCUACUUAUCUAAAAAUUAAAAAACUAAUUCUUUAGUUUUUUUUUCAUCCUUUGUAUGAAUGAUGCAAAAUAUGCCAUUUUGAAAUAAACUUCAAGCUGGCAUAUACUCUCAGCUUUGUAAUAUCCAUACCAUAUGUUUCAUUAGGCCAUAUAACAUAGCUUGAAAUAUCUCAGUGAAAG